UUUUACGAUUUCAACUUUUUAACGACAACCAACAACCACAGCAGCCCAUAACGCCAUAAACCGGUAAUUGCUCUCCCAUUGACCUCUCUCUAUCACUUGUACACCGAUUCGAUGUCAGAUUCGAAAUCCUUGGACAAAUUGCGUUCCUGCGAUCCUCCACCGUUUUUCGCUCGACCCCAACCACCAUCACCACCCUCCAUGACAGAGAUAUAUACUGACUUCAAGCCAUAGCCAUCAUGGGAAAAGGAAAGCCACGUGGUCUUUUGGCAGGAAGAAAAUUACAGAACCAUCGACGAGAGCAAAGGUAGCGCGAUUCGUCUUCCAGAUGUUGUCGAGAAUGAUAAUUCUGAUGCUAUUCACAGAUGGGCCGAUCUUUCAUACAAGAAGCGUGCGCUCGGCACAGCCUUUAAGUCCUCGCCAUUCGGAGGUUCUUCUCACGCCAAGGGUAUCGUUCUCGAGAAAGUCGGUGUCGAAGCCAAACAACCCAACUCCGCUAUCCGAAAGUGUGUCAGAGUUCAAUUGAUCAAGAACGGAAAGAAGGUCACCGCAUUCGGUAGGUUCUGGAUCUCAUCUUCUACGAAUAACGGUAUAUGGGGGGACUGUGAUGUUUGAGUUCAAUGGAUUGGGGAAUGUUAUGGGAUAUAUGCAUGGGGACAUCUAUAGGAGAAUAUGGACAUAUGGAAAGAUCAAGGCUAACUAUGUCCUUUUCACAGUACCAAAUGACGGUUGUCUCAACUUCGUAGACGAGAACGACGAAGUCCUACUCGCUGGUUUCGGUCGUAAGGGAAAGGCCAAGGGAGAUAUUCCUGGUGUCCGAUUCAAGGUCGUCAAGGUCUCUGGUGUCGGUCUGUCUGCUUUGUGGAAGGAGAAGAAGGAGAAGCCAAGAUCAUAGAUUGGUUCUUCAAUUUUCUUUUGCGCGAACGGGAUUCAAAAUGAGGCAUGGUGUUCAUUUUGCAAGGUGCGAUGGCCACGUCAUAUAAAGGAUGGGCUUAGCAUUAUGGGAUGCGAGUGAGAUAUCAGCAUUGAAUCACACCACCUACUACAAAGUUUGGAGUUUUUUCAAGAUGCAUAUUUGAUGAACCGGUGCAUAAUCUCAAUAUACGACAAUGAGAAUUGUGGAGGAUUAAAUUCUCGAAACUACGAAAUCACGAUUCCAAUUUCUACAUAUAUUUCUCAGCCAUGACAGCAUGAAGUUGACCUCACUUUGAAAUUGACCACACGUUAGCAGGGGACGUGCAAUAUCUGUCAAUUGGCGCUUCUUUGCCAGUUUCCUGCCUUCUCUGCUUCCCGCCUCUCCAUUGAUAUUCUAAUUCUUCCCAUUUUGUGUUCUCUCUUCAUAUUCUCGACUAAGCGGCA